CGGAAACGCUGACAUUUAAAACGCAAGCAAAGUCUAGCAGUUCGAUGCGAACUAAGAAGGCUAGAUUUGGGAACCUGCACGACUGUACUUUGUUCUUGUCAUUUUAAAGGCAGUUCUCUUCGAAAAUGGGUUCCUUAUACAGGACGAGAGAUUGUUUUCUCUGGUUUAUGUCUCUGGUAUAUCUUUUCGCCUUUACGUCGUUGUAUAUUCAAAUCCCAGGUUUAUAUGGUGACAAUGGGAUUCUACCAGCUAAACUGGUUCUAAAAACUGAUGUUGACUCAUGGCAAGAUCUGAUGGAGGGUCAGCCCACACUGCUGAAGCUGAUGCCUCGCUUCGGCCUAGAUGUACAGACCGGCAUGGACCUGCUCUGCUUUGCGGGGAUGGUGGUCUCUUUUUUCUGCGUGGUGUCGAGGACGGCCAGGGACUUUGUGUCCUUCACUCUCUUGUGGAUGUUUUACCUGUCCCUUUACCAGGUGGGGCAGACUUUCAUGUGGUUUCAAUGGGAUAUUUUACUUCUGGAGGCUGGCUUCCUCACCAUUAUCAUAGCCCCGUUCAACUUGCAGCUGCUGGGGCGUAAGCGACCAGUGGGCAACCCGCACGACAGCAUCACCAUGUGGCUGGCCCGCUGGCUUCUGUUCCGGCUCAUGUUUGCCUCCGGAGUUGUCAAACUGACCAGCCAGUGCCCGACCUGGUGGGGGCUCACAGCUCUGAACGUGCAUUUUGAGUCUCAGUGCAUUCCAACGCCUGCUGCCUGGUACUGGCAUCAAUUUCCCGAGUGGCUCCUGAAAUUGAGCGUUGUAGCGACCUACGUCAUUGAGAUUCCAGUCCCAUUCCUCUUCUUUUCUCCCGUGCGCUCGCUCAGAAUAUUUGCAUUCUGGUCUCAGGUUCUGCUGCAGAUGAUGAUCAUUGUGACAGGCAACUACAACUUCUUCAACCUGCUGACCAUCACACUGUGCAUUUCCCUGCUGGACGACUCCUUCUGUAUGUUCUCUCAGCCCAAGUAUAAAAAAGUGAGUUCCAAGAAGAAGUCGGUGGCCUGGAGCGGUCUGAGCGGCGUGGCCAACUACCUGUUCCCCCUGGUGGUGCUGGGAUACAUCGGCUACCAGACCGUGCUACUGUUUAACAUCAAGCUCAACCCAGACUUUACAGUGCACUCAAAGAUCGCCUUCAGUGAGCAACAGUUUACCAGAUGGCUGGAGACCGUGAUGCCGUACACCAUCUAUUUGGGAGCAGCCUCUCUGGGCUUCGAGGUGGUGGUCUCUUUGGUCAGGAGUGUUGUGAUGGAGAGAGGCGCCGUGCGGAAGCUGAUGUGCCUGGCUGGGACCGUCGUGUUUUCUCUGUUUGCCGUCUUCAUCUUCACCGUCACUCUGGUACCACACACCACUGUCCACAAACCGACCCAGUCAGCACUGCCUAAGCCAGUGUUGACCUACCAUAGCGCGGCCAGGCCAUUCCAUAUCACUAGCUCUUACGGGCUCUUUAGGAGGAUGACUGGCGUAGGCGGCCGCCCUGAGCUCAUAGUCGAGGGCCAUGCAAGUGAACGAGCAGCCACCAAGGACUGGAAAGCGUACGAGUUUUUGUACAAGCCAGGCAAUGUGUCUGCCGCCCCUCCUGUUGUUGCCCCUCAUCAGCCCCGCCUGGACUGGCAGAUGUGGUUCGCAGCCCUGGGCAACUACCAGGGCAACUCGUGGUUCCUGAACGUGGUCUACCGUCUGCUGCAGAACGAGCCCGACGUCCUUGAGCUGAUCGCCCACAACCCCUUCCCGGAGGAGCCGCCCAAGUACAUCCGCGCCACACUCUACCACUACCACUACACCAGCCCCAAGGACUGCGCUGGCAAGGCUAACUGUGCUUGGUGGAAGAGAGAGAAGAAGGCGGAGUACCUUCCUGCACUGGCUAUGUCAGACAAGUCAUUCCAGGAUUACCUCAAGCAUGUCAAGUUGGCUGAUGAUGACGCACCCAGAAAGUUUCGCGCUGACAACUGGCUGGCGAAGGCGAUCGUGUGGCUGAGGGAGCUGAUUGGCCAGCCAGAAGGGUUGGGCUUCACCGUCUCCGUCUUUGGGUCCGCCAUACUCGUCAUGUUUUUGAACAGAGCUCUUUUCUGAUUCCUGAGUCGGUUGUCUGCUUGCUUACAUGUGUGUGACUUUGCGAAAGUGUGGGUUUCAUUUAUUUAUUGAUUUAAUUAAUUUUUUUUUGGGUGGAGGGGUGUUGGGAAAGUUGUUGGAAUUGCAUAUUUUGUGUGAAAGCACAGGUUUUGAGAGGUUUGGGGGGGGGGGGGAGAUUGUUGGAAAUACUGCUUGGUUUUGUUAUUAAUUCAGAAGGAUGUGCUUCUGGCUUUGUGUGGGUGUGUGUUGUACUUCAUGGAGAAAAACAGAAAGUGCUCUGAAAAAUUCCUUUGCUGAACAAGAGCUCGCAUUGUGUGAAGUCUCAUUAAGUGGAAAAACGUGUAUUACAACGUUAUGUCGUAUUCGGGGGGAAAAAAUCUUUCUUGCCUAACGUCACACUCAUUAAUUGAAGUGUUCUAGUCUUUUGCCUUUUUUCUUUUCACAUUUAAUUUCUUUCUUUUCUCUCUCUUUUUACAAGUUUCAUUUGAGAUUUUGUGUCUUCAUUACUUUGAAACAGAUUAUUUUCAAGAUUAUGGUGUCUAUGUGAUUGAUGUUUUCCGUAUCCAUUCAUUCGAUUCUUUUGGAACAAGUUUUUAAACCAUUUUUUAAAUGUUACUUUGGUUAAGUAUGUGCCAUCCUUAUGACUGUUUUGUCUUUUAAGUUAUUGCAGAGUUUUGAGAAUACUUUCAUCAUCCAUUUGUUUGAUAUGAUUGUUUAUAGGCUAAAACAGCACCUGGACAUGGAUGGCUGGUGCCCCUAUAAAUAAAUCAUUGAUGGUCAAGGUCAUGAUUGUUUAUCUAACAUCAGUUUGUUCGAACUGUUGUUAAUGACAAUUAGUGAAUGGUAUGUCAACUCCACAGAAAUGUUCUGUCAAUUUACAACUCAUUCUCUUUUUUUGGGGGGCUCCGACAUUUUUGUGUCAGGUUAGUUAUAACUUUGUUUUUUUACAAAGUGAUAUUGAAAAGAGUUAUUCUAUAUUUCGGCUUAUUUCUCAACCCUAAACCUACUGCCCGACCACGCAAGCCAUCUGAAGUCAUUCCAUGUUAAGGCUUUUGCUCCUGUGUGCGUUCCUGAUGGCAUAGUAAACCAAGAGACUGUCCCUAGAGCAUAUUAUGUGAAGCAUCGUGGUGAAAUCAGGCGCUCGUCAAAAUAAUUAAAUGGAAGAAAUGGGCAUUUUUUUUGCUAGUUUGGCAAUUUUUUAAAGUUUUUUUAUAUUUUGGCUCAACACGUUUAUGUCCAUACCAAAAACACAUUACUAUGUGAAUUUGACUGAAAACGUUGAUUAAUGGCACAAAAUAUGUAGUUUUUCAGUUUUGAGGGACUCACAAGCUAUUGAAGUUAUCGAAAUUUGGUGGCAAUUUUUUCGCUAAUUUUUUCACUGAAAUCAGACGACCCCACCCCCUUCAAUGGUAAAUAUCUGGACUUCUAAUCAUGAUAGAUGGGUAUUUUUUUCCUUGAAAGCAAGGCAAAUGAAUAAGCUUUCAGAUCGUACCAAUAACUCAAACUGCACAUGCCCGAAUAUUGACGAGCGCCUGAUUCCCCCGCGUUGAGACACACAUAUGUUUCAAGCAGCUAACCCAGCAGUGGAGAUUCUUAUGUUGUCUCUCAUUUGAUGUCUUUUUUGUUCCAUCCUUCUUUAAAGCAAAGAGUGGCGUUUUCCAAUUUUGGAUGCUGAAAGGUGUGUAUGUUUUUAGAGAUAUUAAAAUGGACACCAGCUUGAGGGAAAAAAAGUGUCAUUGUGUGUACUCAUGAUUAUUUUAUAAAUUGCUAGGACCUUUUAGUACUUGAGGUUGGGCAAAAAAAAAAAAACAGCAACAA